UUUCUUCUUUCCCUUUUCUCCUUCACUUUAUCACGAAGAAGAAGAAAAACUUUUGAUUCCCCUCGAGGUUUUGGUUGCGGUGGAUGGGAGGCGGACGUAUUCAUUCCCUUCCGCCGGAGAAUGCUUCGGUUUCUGCUUCUGCGGUUGCCAUCGGAAACACGAAGCUUUCGGAUGCUCCAGUUCUUUUCUUUGUAUACUUCCACAAGGCUUUCCGUGCUCAGCUGGUUGAGCUCCGGCGUUUCGCUACUGACGCCGCAGAAGCUAAUAAUUCUAGCCGGGAUCUGGCGGUGGAGCUCUCCCGGAAGUUUGAGUUUUUGAAGCUUGUAUAUAAGUAUCACAGCGCAGCUGAAGAUGAGGUUAUCUUUUCGGCGCUUGAUGCACGAGUGAAAAACAUAGUUUCUAAUUAUUCGCUUGAGCAUGCUGGCACAGAUGAUCUCUUCACCUCAGUUUUUCAUUGGCUACAUGUUCUUGAAGAGGAAAUAGGAAGCACAAGUGAUGUACUUCGUCAAGUUAUAAUAUGCAUAGGCACCAUUCAGUCAUCUAUAUGCCAACAUAUGCUUAAAGAAGAGCUGCAGGUCUUUCCUUUGUUAAUUGAGAAGUUCUCUUUCAAAGAGCAGGCAUCACUUGUGUGGCAAUUCAUUUGUAGUGUUCCAGUGAUGGUACUGGAAGACUUUUUGCCCUGGAUGAUGUCUUAUCUCUCUCACGAGGAGAAAACUGAAGUUGAGAAUUGCAUCAAAGAUGUUGUCCCCAUCGAAGACUCAUUACAACAGGUCAUACGCUCUUGGCUACUUGAUGACAAGGGCCAAUCUUGUGGUGGGAUUCCUACAGAGAUCAUGAAAGGAGUCCACUAUGUAGACGUGUCUAAGAAUAUGAAGAAGUUACCUCAGACACAUGAGUCCAGUGGAUGUUUUCAACGCUUUUGGCAGUGGAGUAAAAAGUCCCUUCAUAUUCCAAAUGUAGGAGGACACAGCCCGAUUCAUGGUCUUCAUCUUUUUCAAAAUGCUAUCGAAAAAGAUUUGAGAGACAUUCGGGAAGGAUUAAGCCAAGCAAAAUUCCCAAGCCUUAGUUUAGACCUUGACGUACUGAUGGCUCGAUUAAACUUCCUUGCUGAUGUCCUUGUUUCUUAUAGCAAUGCAUUCAAAAGGUUCCUUCACCCGGUGUUGGAAGAAAUGACAGAUCGCCGCUCUUCAAAUACCGCACAAUUCACCAUAGAUGGCUGUCUCGAGAAUUUUCAGAGAUUACUAUACAAAAGUGCUGAUGAUAAAUCAAGGACGGCUAAUUUUCUGUUUCAGCUCCAAGAGGAACUUGAGAACCUUAUAGUCCAAGUAACCAAGCAAUUUUCUUUACAGAGAACCAAGGUAUUCCCAUUCAUCACCAAGAAUUGCAACCAUGAAAUGCAGAAGCAGCUCCUAUACACAAGCAUUCAUGUCUUACCUCUUGGAUUGCUAAAGUGUGUUAUACUUUGGUUUUCUGCUCACUUGUCAGAAGAGGAAUCUCAAUCCAUUCUUCAGUUCUUAAGUUUGGAAGAUUUUUCUUCCAAAAAAUCAUUUGCAUGCCUCUUGUUGCAGUGGCUUCGCUUUGGUUACUCAGGCAAAACAUCUGUUGAAAGUUUUUGGAAACAACUGGCUGUAAUGUUUAAAGUAAGAUGCUCCUGCCAAAAGGAGAACAACACUAAAGAAGCAUCUGGAUCAUUUUCCGACCAAGCACAGCUGGAACUGUGCAAAGGAUCUAAAGAUGAUUUGCUUGUUUGUCCUUGGAAGAAAAACAAGUCUUCAACCUGCUUACUGUCAAGGGAUUUAGGCGCUGGAGAUAUGUACGAGACACCUUACUCAAGUCGAAUGAAUCAGCAAAUGAUUUUCUCAGGGAAACAUAAGCCUCCACUCCAUCUUCCAGAGUUUUUUGGUGAGAAGAAUAUGGAUGAUCCACUUAUUAUGAACGUUAAACCAAUUGACCUCCUUUUCUUCUUCCAUAAGGCAAUGAAGAUGGAUUUGGACUACCUUGUUUGUGGAUCAGCAAGAUUGGCAGCCGACUUUUGUUUUCUCACUGAGUUUCAACAGCGAUUCCAGAUGAUAAAGUUUUUGUAUCAGAUACAUUCUGAUGCAGAGGAUGAGAUUGCAUUUCCAGCAUUGGAGGCCAAGGGACGACUUAGAAACAUUAGUCACUCAUUUAGCAUUGAUCAUGAGCUAGAAACUAAACACUUCGAUAAAGUUUCAUUCAUAUUGAAUGAGAUGUCAGAGCUGAACAUGUUAGUUUCUACUAUCAAUCCCAGAGCAGCAGACCACCGAAAGAUGAAGUAUGAGCGGUUGUGUUUGAGUCUCCAAGAGAUUGGCAAAUCUAUGCACAAGCUAUUGUCUGAGCAUAUCCAGCAUGAAGAAACUGAACUCUGGGGUCUAUUCAGGAACUGUUUUGCUAUUGAAGAGCAAGAAAAAAUCAUAGGAUGCAUGCUUGGGAGAAUAAGUGGGGAAAUAUUGCAGGAUAUGAUACCCUGGUUAAUGGAAUCUUUAUCCUCUGAUGAACAGCUUGCAGCGAUGUCCUUAUGGCGCCAAGUAACAAGGAAAACAAUGUUUGUCGAAUGGCUAACAGAAUGGUAUAACGGUCAUGUUAUACAAGAUGAAGUCGGAGAAGCAAACAAUGAUCCAUUUGAGGAUUCAGAUCCAUUGGAGAUUGUCUGGAAGUAUCUCUUUGAAACAAAUGCUGAUGGGGAUAGAGGGAGCAUUGGAAGCUACCUUGUCGAACUUCCAGAGACAUACUUGACAGGUAAUAUGAAUAAGUCACCUUCUGAUAACAAUGUCGAGGUUGGAAACAAAGAGAAAAAAGAUCUGGAAUGCUCAGAAAGUAAGAAGAUAUGUAGAGGAGCUGACAAAAUGGAGGACAACGAAAAAACUGACAUCAAUUACCAGACAAGAAGUCCUGCUCAGACUUUCCGAAUGUCUCAGAAGGUUAGUCGGUUUGGUCAAUCCAAGAAAUAUGAACAACUGUUAACAAUAAGUGAAGAAGAACUGGUGGCUGUGAUUAAGAAAAUAUCAUGCGACUCUUCCAUGGAUCCUCGGAAGAAAUCUUAUAUCAAGCAGAACUUGUUAAUGAGUCGGUGGAAUAUCUCACAACGGGCAUACAGUCUGGAACCAUCCUCUCUCUUAAGCGACAUGGAAACAGUUCCUGGUCAACAUCCAUCAUAUCGAGAUCCUCACAGUUUGAUUUUCGGCUGCAAUCACUACAAGAGGAAUUGCAAGCUUCUUGCUCCUUGUUGCGACAAACUCUUCACAUGUAUACGAUGUCAUGAUGAAGAGGCUGAUCACUCAGUAGAUAGGAAACAGAUAACAAAGAUGAUGUGCAUGAAAUGCCUCUUGAUUCAGCCAAUUGGUGCAAAUUGCUCAAAUACUUCGUGCAAGUCGUCAAUGGGAAAAUACUUCUGCAAAAUAUGCAAAUUAUAUGACGAUGAAAGGAAAAUUUAUCACUGUCCUUACUGCAAUCUCUGCCGAGUUGGGAAAGGAUUGGGAAUUGACUACUUCCAUUGCAUGAAAUGCAAUGCCUGCAUGUCGCGUACCUUAGCAGAGCAUGUUUGCAGGGAAAAGUGUUUAGAAGAUAAUUGUCCUAUUUGCCAUGAGUACAUUUUUACCUCCAACUCCCCAGUCAAGGCUCUUCCUUGCGGGCACUUGAUGCACUCCUCAUGCUUUCAGGAGUACACAUGUUCCCACUACACAUGCCCUAUCUGCAGCAAGUCGCUAGGAGAUAUGCAGGUCUAUUUUAAGAUGCUAGACGCAUUACUUGCAGAAGAGAAGAUGCCUGAUGAAUACUCCAACAAAACUCAGAUAAUACUGUGUAAUGACUGUGGAAGAAAAGGAAAUGUUCCUUAUCAUUGGCUCUACCACAAAUGCACAACCUGUGGCUCCUACAAUUCGAGGCUCCUUUAGAUCUUUCUCCAAUUUUCAAUUUACAUUUACAUUAUUGUACCAUUAGCAAUAUCUGUAGUACAUUGCUGGUAAGAAAGCAUUUUUGUAACAUUUGAUGUUGUACAAAAAUAAAAACAUACAAAAACUAUUCCAAGUAUUAAUAAAUUAGGGUCGUAUCACCCCAAAUAUUGAUUUA